AUGACAAUUAUGAACUGGUGGUCGGAUGGUGCACACCCUGCACCAGCACUCAAUAUUACUUAACUGGAAAAUGUUAUAAUUGUUCAACAAAUUGUAAUUCUUGUUCUCCAGGAAAAUACCUUUCAGGAAAUGAAUGCUAACCAUGCAUUACUCCGUGUAUUGAGUGCAAUACUGAGAUCGAUUGUACUGUGUGUGAUGCUGGAUAUUGGCUUGAUAAUCAAGCUUGUACAAAAUGUGAUGAUAGAUGUUAAAUAUGUACUUCUGAAACUCAAUGUGAAUCUUGCGCUGGUGGGUAUUACUUAGAUGGAGGCUCAUGUGAAACUUGUCCUGAUGGAUGUAAUUUAUGCACUAAUGCUACUACAUGUACAUCUUGCCAGUAAAAUUAUUAUUUGGAUGGUAUUUGCAAAUAAUGUUCUCCUGGGUCCUUUUAAUUAGGUGAUGCUUGCGCUCAAUGCAACAGUCCUUGUGAAACUUGUGAGAUUGAUGGCGCUCAUUGUCUAUCUUGCUAACAAAAAAUACUAUUUGAUGAAUAAUUCCUGCUCUCCUUGCAUAUUCCCAUGUGAUCAUUGUGAAUCCGAGACAGCUUGCUCAACUUGUGUUCCUGAAUAUUAUCACGAUAGUUCAACUCACCAAUGUACUCUUUGCGAUCCUCCUUGCAAAGAAUGUUCAGAAUCUGGAAAUACUCAAUGCUCGAAAUGUCAUUAUGGUUACUACUUGAAUUCAUAAAUCUGUCAUCAAUGCGUGGAGCCUUGCUUAAGUUGCUUAACUAACGUAAUAUGUUAAAGCUGUACUGAUGGGUAUUACUUCGAUGGAUCUGUGUGCUAAGAAUGUUCUCCAGAGUGUGCUUUGUGCAACGGGGAAUAGGUUUCUCAGUGCUCAAGUUGUAAAGAAACAUUUUAUCUUGACACAACAACAUGCUAACAUUGUCCUACAAAAUGCGAAUCAACAUGUGAUUUCUUAGAUAACUCUGUAAUAUGCCAUGCUUGUGCUCUUGGAUACUUUGGCGCUAAUUGUGAAGAAUGUUUGGCUUCCUGUAAAACUUGUGCUGAUAUGCCUGCUUCAUGUACCUCAUGUAAUAUUGGAUACUACUUGAAUGGGUAAACUUGUACUUAGUGCUCCGAGCAUUGUGUCACUUGUGCUGAUACAAGUGGAGAUUGUACGAGCUGUGAUAACGGAUAUGAAGUUGACGAAUUAAAUAAAUGUUCAAAUUGUUCAAAUUGUACAUGUCCAGAGUAAUAAUAUUACGAUAGCAUUGAUUUAAUUUGUAAAGAUUGUGACCCAAUUUGUACAUUAUGUAAUGGUGUAGCCAAUAAUUGCCAAUCAUGUUCACCUACACACUAUUUGAAUGGCUCCACUUGUACUAAAUGUACCGCUCCUUGCUUAGAUUGUUCUGACAUAGCAACCUGCCAAUCAUGUGUCCUUGGAUAUUAUUUAGACGGUACUGAUUGUUUCAAAUGCGAUUUGCCAUGCGUAAACUGUUCAACUCAAGGAAAUACAGAUUGUUAAUCCUGUCAAAAUGGAUAUUAUCUUAAUGAUUUAAUUUGCGAACAGUGCGAUUUGAAUUGUACACUAUGUGAUAUUUCUCCCGCCAAUUGUUCCGAUUGUCAAAUAGGCUAUUAUUUAGAUAAUACAACCUGUAAAGAUUGCUCAGCUCAUUGUAAUUAAUGUGAUUCUGAUACUGAAUGCACCUCUUGCGAUGACAAUUAUGAACUGGUGGUCGGAUGGUGCACACCCUGCACCAGCACUCAAUAUUACUUAACUGGAAAAUGUUAUAAUUGUUCAACAAAUUGUAAUUCGUGCUUUGACAACGACACCAAUUGUUCUAGUUGUUCUCCAGGAAAAUACCUUUCAGGAAAUGAAUGCUAACCAUGCAUUACUCCGUGUAUUGAGUGCAAUACUGAGAUCGAUUGUACUGUGUGUGAUGCUGGAUAUUGGCUUGAUAAUCAAGCUUGUACAAAAUGUGAUGAUAGAUGUUAAAUAUGUACUUCUGAAACUCAAUGUGAAUCUUGCGCUGGUGGGUAUUACUUAGAUGGAGGCUCAUGUGAAACUUGUCCUGAUGGAUGUAAUUUAUGCACUAAUGCUACUACAUGUACAUCUUGCCAGUAAAAUUAUUAUUUGGAUGGUAUUUGCAAAUAAUGUUCUCCUGGGUCCUUUUAAUUAGGUGAUGCUUGCGCUCAAUGCAACAGUCCUUGUGAAACUUGUGAGAUUGAUGGCGCUCAUUGUCUAUCUUGCUAACAAAAAUACUAUUUGAUGAAUAAUUCCUGCUCUCCUUGCAUAUUCCCAUGUGAUCAUUGUGAAUCCGAGACAGCUUGCUCAACUUGUGUUCCUGAAUAUUAUCACGAUAGUUCAACUCACCAAUGUACUCUUUGCGAUCCUCCUUGCAAAGAAUGUUCAGAAUCUGGAAAUACUCAAUGCUCGAAAUGUCAUUAUGGUUACUACUUGAAUUCAUAAAUCUGUCAUCAAUGCGUGGAGCCUUGCUUAAGUUGCUUAACUAACGUAAUAUGUUAAAGCUGUACUGAUGGGUAUUACUUCGAUGGAUCUGUGUGCUAAGAAUGUUCUCCAGAGUGUGCUUUGUGCAACGGGGAAUAGGUUUCUCAGUGCUCAAGUUGUAAAGAAACAUUUUAUCUUGACACAACAACAUGCUAACGUAAUUUAUAUGUUUUAAUUAUUUCCUAGAUUGUCCUACAAAAUGCGAAUCAACAUGUGAUUUCUUAAAUAACUCUGUAAUAUGACCAUGCUUGUGCUCUUGGAUACUUUGGCGCUAAUUGUGAAGAAUGUUUGGCUUCCUGUAAAACUUGUGCUGAUAUGCCUGCUUCAUGUACCUCAUGUAAUAUUGGAUACUACUUGAAUGGGUAAACUUGUACUUAGUGCUCCGAGCAUUGUGUCACUUGUGCUGAUACAAGUGGAGAUUGUACGAGCUGUGAUAACGGAUAUGAAGUUGACGAAUUAAAUAAAUGUUCAAAUUGUUCAAAUUGUACAUGUCCAGAGUAAUAAUAUUACGAUAGCAUUGAUUUAAUUUGUAAAGAUUGUGACCCAAUUUGUACAUUAUGUAAUGGUGUAGCCAAUAAUUGCCAAUCAUGUUCACCUACACACUAUUUGAAUGGCUCCACUUGUACUAAAUGUACCGCUCCUUGCUUAGAUUGUUCUGACAUAGCAACCUGCCAAUCAUGUGUCCUUGGAUAUUAUUUAGACGGUACUGAUUGUUUCAAAUGCGAUUUGCCAUGCGUAAACUGUUCAACUCAAGGAAAUACAGAUUGUUAAUCCUGUCAAAAUGGAUAUUAUCUUAAUGAUUUAAUUUGCGAACAGUGCGAUUUGAAUUGUACACUAUGUGAUAUUUCUCCCGCCAAUUGUUCCGAUUGUCAAAUAGGCUAUUAUUUAGAUAAUACAACCUGUAAAGAUUGCUCAGCUCAUUGUAAUUAAUGUGAUUCUGAUACUGAAUGCACCUCUUGCGAUGACAAUUAUGAACUGGUGGUCGGAUGGUGCACACCCUGCACCAGCACUCAAUAUUACUUAACUGGAAAAUGUUAUAAUUGUUCAACAAAUUGUAAUUCGUGCUUUGACAACGACACCAAUUGUUCUAGUUGUUCUCCAGGAAAAUACCUUUCAGGAAAUGAAUGCUAACCAUGCAUUACUCCGUGUAUUGAGUGCAAUACUGAGAUCGAUUGUACUGUGUGUGAUGCUGGAUAUUGGCUUGAUAAUCAAGCUUGUACAAAAUGUGAUGAUAGAUGUUAAAUAUGUACUUCUGAAACUCAAUGUGAAUCUUGCGCUGGUGGGUAUUACUUAGAUGGAGGCUCAUGUGAAACUUGUCCUGAUGGAUGUAAUUUAUGCACUAAUGCUACUACAUGUACAUCUUGCCAGUAAAAUUAUUAUUUGGAUGGUAUUUGCAAAUAAUGUUCUCCUGGGUCCUUUUAAUUAGGUGAUGCUUGCGCUCAAUGCAACAGUCCUUGUGAAACUUGUGAGAUUGAUGGCGCUCAUUGUCUAUCUUGCUAACAAAAAUACUAUUUGAUGAAUAAUUCCUGCUUUUUUUGCAUAUUCCCAUGUGAUCAUUGUGAAUCCGAGACAGCUUGCUCAACUUGUGUUCCUGAAUAUUAUCACGAUAGUUCAACUCACCAAUGUACUCUUUGCGAUCCUCCUUGCAAAGAAUGUUCAGAAUCUGGAAAUACUCAAUGCUCGAAAUGUCAUUAUGGUUACUACUUGAAUUCAUAAAUCUGUCAUCAAUGCGUGGAGCCUUGCUUAAGUUGCUUAACUAACGUAAUAUGUUAAAGCUGUACUGAUGGGUAUUACUUCGAUGGAUCUGUGUGCUAAGAAUGUUCUCCAGAGUGUGCUUUGUGCAACGGGGAAUAGGUUUCUCAGUGCUCAAGUUGUAAAGAAACAUUUUAUCUUGACACAACAACAUGCUAACAUUGUCCUACAAAAUGCGAAUCAACAUGUGAUUUCUUAGAUAACUCUGUAAUAUGCCAUGCUUGUGCUCUUGGAUACUUUGGCGCUAAUUGUGAAGAAUGUUUGGCUUCCUGUAAAACUUGUGCUGAUAUGCCUGCUUCAUGUACCUCAUGUAAUAUUGGAUACUACUUGAAUGGGUAAACUUGUACUUAGUGCUCCGAGCAUUGUGUCACUUGUGCUGAUACAAGUGGAGAUUGUACGAGCUGUGAUAACGGAUAUGAAGUUGACGAAUUAAAUAAAUGUUCAAAUUGUUCAAAUUGUACAUGUCCAGAGUAAUAAUAUUACGAUAGCAUUGAUUUAAUUUGUAAAGAUUGUGACCCAACUUGUACAAGAUGUUAAGGAAUUUCGACUAAUUGUCAAACCUGCUCUAAUGGGUACUAUUUAGAUUCUUCAACUUGCAAAAUUUGCAUUGCUCCAUGUAAUAUGUGUAAUGCUCUAAAUGUCUGCACAAAUUGCGAUAGCGGAUACUUUUUAGAAAAUGAUAGUUGUUAACCUUGUUAAUUGCCUUGUAUUAAUUGCUUGGCAGGGGGAAAUACUUCUUGUUCAUUAUGUUAGACUGGAUAUUAUUUAGAAAACACAAACUGUUCUCUUUGUUCAAAUCAUUGUAAUAAUUGUAAUUCAUCAACUCAGUGUACUUCAUGCGAUAUUGGAUAUGAAAUAAUUAAUGAUUAAUGUAUUGCAUGCUAGACCAACCAAUACUACUUAAACUUUAAAUGUUUGUCUUGUUUAAAUCCUUGUUAUUCUUGUGAGCAAACUGAAUCUUAGUGUACUAGUUGCACAGAUGGUUAUUAUUUAUCUGGUACACAAUGCUUGAUUUGUAACAGUAAUUGUAAGACUUGUUAGAAUUAAGCUGAUUAUUGUAUGUCAUGUACUAUAAGGUAGUUUUUAUCAACCGAAAAUAAAUGCAUACCAUGUUUAUCACCUUGCAAUUCUUGUGUUAAUUCAGCAACUUCAUGCACAUCUUGUUUAGAUUUAUAUUAUUAUGAAGCCAAUAGCUGUAAUAAAUGUGUUUCACCUUGCUGGACUUGUGAAUCGCUAAAUAUUUGCAAAUUAUGCUUAUCUGGAAAAUAUUAUGAUUAAACAUAAAAGAAUUGUUUGGAUUGUGAUAAAAAUUCUUGUGUCACUUGCGUAGGUGCUGCAACGACAUGUUUAAGUUGUGCUACAGGUACAUAUUUGGAAAAUAAUACUUGUAAAUCGUGUGAUCCUAAAUGCGUUACAUGUACAAGUUUGACAAUUUGUCAAACAUGUUCGGUUGGUUAUUAUUAUAAUGGAUCAGAAUGUGUUGCAUGCACAUCACCUUGUAUUGAAUGCAAUUCUGGUUCUAUUUGUACAAAAUGUUAAAAUGAUCUCUAUAAAUUAAGCUUAAGUCAAUGCAUCAGUUGUUCAUUACCUUGUAAAACUUGUGAUUAGGAUGUCUGUAAAUCUUGUAUUAAUAAAUACUAUUUUGAUUCUUCUGAUAUUGAUACUUCAAAGAAAUGUAAACUAUGUUCUAGUCCUUGUGAUCAAUGUUCUGCAUAAAAUAGUUGUACAACUUGUGUAUAAGGUUAUUAUUUAGAAGGAACUUCUUGCAUUAAAUGUACAAAUAAUUGCAGUACAUGUGAGACUGCUACAAAAUGCAUUACUUGUGUUAGUAAUUCUUAUUAUUUAACUACUUCUAAUACAUGCUUAUCAUGCAGUAAUAUGGAUUCAUCUUGUGUGACUUGUAGUGGCUUGAACAGAUGCUUAACUUGUUAGGAUAGCUUCUUCACAUUAAAUCAAACUUAGAAUGGUGUUAUUACUAGCACUUGUUAAGCUUGUUCAGUAAAAUGCUCAACUUGUACUCAGUCCUUAUCACAAUGUUUAAAAUGUGCAGGUAAUAGACAAGGCACUCCCUAAUGUGCAACUUGCCCAUAUGGAUUUUUCGAUGGUGGAUAAUUGAAUUGUGAAUAGUGUAAUACUAAAUAUUGUAUCACUUGCAGUGGAUCUGCCAAGAAUUGUCUAGCUUGCAUAAACUCAAGAAUUUAACCUCCAACUUGCAUCUGUAAACCUGGUACUUAUACUUCUGGAGAUGAUUGCAUCUAAUGUAUGGCCAAUUGUUCAACUUGUACAACCUCCAAUUAAUGUACUUUAUGUAAUACUGGUUUCUACUACAAAUAGAAUUGGGAUGGAUUAGGAAAUAAUAUAUGUGCAAAUACUUGUGGAGAUUCAUUCUUCUAGGAUGUCAAUAAUCAACAAUGUAUCAAAUGUCCAAUUUCAAAUUGUAAAGUUUGCAUCUCAACUGGUGAUACUGGUUGUACUUCUUGUCUACCUUCAAUAGCUUAAACUGCCAGUGAUUCUAUGAAUAAUGUAUGUACAUCCACUACUUGCAGCUUGUAUUUGUAAUAACAAAGGUAAUGUUUGAUUUAAUGUUUACCUGGAUAUUAUAAGAACACUGAUUUCACUUGCUCCAUUUGCGAUAAAGCUUGCAGACAAUGUUAGGAUGCUGCAACAGCAUGUACAGAAUGCUACCCGAAUAUGUAUUUGUAAUAUACAACAGGGCAAUUAGUGAAAGGUUUAUGCAUGCCUGAAUGUCAGACUACAUUCUAUUAGAGACCGUCAUAAACUCCUACUGUUUCAGGUGGUAUUUGUGCUAGUUGUCAUUCAACUUGUAAGGAUUGUAUUGAUGAUUAAGAAACCUCUUGUACUUCUUGCUCAGCUGGAAGAUAUUUGCUAAAUAAAAAAUGUUUAGCAAGUUGUGGAGAAAAUGCGGGUUAUGUAGCAAAUACUAAUACAAAUAGAUGUGAUCAAUGUUCAGAUAAUUGUACUUCAUGUACAUCAACUUCCGCUUAAAGAUGUACUAAAUGUGCCAGUACUCAUUUCUUUUUACUUAACUAAUGUAUGGCUUUAUGUCCAUCGAGCUAUUAUGGAGAUGUCAAUAAAGUUUGUCAGCCAUGUAAUACUUCUUGUUUAACAUGCGAUGGCCCAUUAGAUAAUAAUUGUUUAUCAUGCGGAUAAUCUAUUUAUUACUUAGCUACUACUAAAAAAUGUACAACCUUAUGUCCAGAUAGAUUUUAUGGAAAAUCAGACACAUUUAGAUGUGAAAAUUGUAUAAAUGGUUGCUUAAAAUGCAUAAACCCAUUAGAUUGUUAAUACUGUGAUGAAGGAUUCUUCUUAAAUACACUAAAUUCUCUAAAUAAUUGUUUAGCUCAAUGUCCUGAAGGAUAUUUUGGAGCAGUAUCUGCUAGAGCUUGUAGAUUAUGUGAUCCUGGCUGUAAGACAUGUAAAGGUUCGACAUAAGCAGAUUGUAUAAUCUGUUCAGGAGGAAGAUUCAAUUAUUUGGGAAACUGUAUUGCAACUUGUCCAGCAGGUACCUUUUUAGAUAAUGUGAAUAUGAGAUGUGAUACUUGUUCAUAAGGAUGCGCUAGUUGCACAGGAAUUGGAAUGGGAAAUUGCAACACUUGUGAUUUUGGAUACUUGUUUUAUAAUAAAGGAUGUUAUAUUAGCUGUCCUACUGGAUCCUAUAAAACAGGAACAACAUGUACAUCUUGCAUAUCUAAUUGUGCAGUUUGUAAUGAUACUAUUUCUUGUUAAAGAUGUAAUGACUAAACUUUCUACACUGGAAUAUUGUGUACAACAAGUUGUCUAAGCAAUUAGUAUGGAGAUACUUUAACAAGAAGUUGCAAAUAAUGUGAUCCAAGUUGUCUGACAUGUUCUGGAGCAAAGAUUGAUAAUUGUCUAAGUUGCAAUACAACCUUCCUAUUUUCAAAUUCAUGCAAUCAAUAUUGUCCAGAUGGUUAUUUUGCUGAUGCAGUAACAAAGACUUGUAAAGCAUGUCUUUCCACUUGUGCUACUUGUACAAAUUCUUCAUCUUGUACAUCAUGUAGUUAAGAAUCAUUUUUAAUCGGAACUCCUUCAUUAUGCUAAACUUCGUGUCCAGAUGGCUUCUAUGGAGAUUAAGGAACUAGAAUAUGUUAAGCAUGUUAUGCUGGUUGUAAGACAUGUUUUGGUACAAUAGCAGACAAAUGUUAAUCAUGUAUAGCCACAACUAGUCCAAGAUUGUUUUAUUCUAACUAUUCUUGUAAUUAAACAUGUCCAGCUGGAACAUUCCCAAAUAGUUUAAAUAGUAAUUGCGAUACUUGUCAUCAAUUUUGCAGUUAGUGUGUUGAUGACACUGCCAAAUGCACUUUAUGUGUAAUAAAUAGAUUUAUGAGUCCUUUAAGUUCAGAUGUUAAUUCACCUUGUUUAACUGUCUGUCCUUACUAAUAUUAUGGAGAUAUCACUACUAGAACUUGUGUAUUAUGCUCUGCAAAUUGUAAAAGUUGCACAAACUCAUCAGCUGAUAAUUGUACAACAUGCAUGAACUCAAAUAUCAACAAUUACCAAAAAAAUUACUUUUUGUUUCAGAAUACUUGUGUCACUUAAUGUCCAAAACAAUAAGUAAUGAAUUAAGAUGGAAGCACAACAGAUUAGCAAUUAUAUGGUGAUAUUGUAUCAGAUACAUUCUCUUUUAAUUGUGUAUUAAAAUGCCCAUCCUUAACUUUUAGAAAUAAUUAACUUAUGAUUUGUGAAUAGUGCCAUGCAUCAUGUAGAGCUUGUGACGGAAAUCUCAAUAAUAAUUGUCUAGCUUGCUUUACUGGAUUUUAUCUUUAUUUAGGAACUUGUGUAUCCACUUGCUCAAAAGGUACAUACUUAUAUACUGUUACCUCCUCUUGUGUACCAUGUAACUCAAAGUGUAAGGAAUGCGAUGGGCCUAAUGCUACCGAUUGUACUUCUUGUUCUGCUUCUUCAGUUAAGCAAGGCAAAGAGUGUUUGGAUAGUUGCAAUUAAGGAUAUGUGGCGGUAGAUUAAGUAUGUACUUCUUGUCAUUAUACUUGUAAUCAUUGCAUAGGUAGUGACAUCUAGGAAUGUACAUCAUGUUCAGUUGGAUUAUAUCUUUAAAAAAUCUAAGAAAGUGAUUAAAGUGGUAAAUGUAUUGAAAGUUGUAAUUCAUCUUAUUACCCUGACACCAUUUACAAUAAAUGCAAAGUUUGUCCUUCUACGUGUCUAACAUGUGAUGGACCUGAGGAGGAUGAUUGCUUGACUUGUAUUGAAACUUUGAUGUUUAUGGGAGGAGUAUGUAGUGAUGUUUGUAUAGAUGGUUAUUAUUUGAAUGUUGAUUAAUGCGCUUAAUGCAAUAUAUCUUGCAAAACUUGCAAUGGUCCAAGCUCAAACUAAUGUUUAACUUGUAGUCAUCAACUGUUCCUGUUUAAUUCUCAAUGCUUGAUCUCUUGCAUUGAAGGGUACUUCUAGAAUGAAACCACAAACUCUUGUGAGAAAUGUAUGAAUAAUUGUUUAACAUGUGAAAAUAAUGCAACUUGCAGUUCUUGUGAUGCAUCCAAGUACUUCUUAUUGGAGGAAUAGUGUUAUGUGUAUUGUAUUGUAGGAUUUUACUUUGAUGCUACUUAGAAAAGUUGUUAAAAAUGUCAUAAUUCUUGUUUCACAUGCACAGGAUCGGAAAAUAAUUAAUGUUCCAGUUGUAAAACUGAUUAUUUCUUAAAACUUUCAUUCAACUCUUAUACUAGUGAUUAUGAUUGGACUUGUGAAUAACAAUGUGGAGAACUGUAUUAACCUGAUAUUUAAAAUGGUGUUUGUUUGUAUGAUAAUUGUGACUCUAGCUGUUCAACUUGUUUAAAUGAUUAAGCCACAACUUGUAGAUCUUGUAAUAAUUUAAUAUUAUCCAAUUCAUAAUGUUUGUCUGGUUGUCAAGAUGGAUAUUACGUUGUCAAAAAUCAAUGUAUUGUUUGCAAUAGAUUAUGUAAGAUUUGCUAAGAUAAUUCAACUGUUUGUUCAACUUGCGCAGAUUUUGCUUUAAGAGUUGAAGAUUCCUAUUGUGUUACCUCAUGCCCAGACAAAUAGAUUAAACAUUCAACAUAAUAAAUAUGCGUUAAGUGUGUUUCUAAUUGUUCAAAUUGUGUUUAUGAUGAAGAUUUAUUAGGAUCUACAAAAUGUAUUUAAUGUGAAUCAACCUAUUUCAUUGACUUGACUUAUGAUUCCAAUAAAGCUCUGAAAAAUGUACAAUGUUAAUAGACAUGUCCAGAUGGUAAAUACAAUAAUUCAGACUCAUUUUAAUGUUCAAAUUGUGAUUGGACCUGUAAGACUUGUUCAGGCUCCACAAGUUUGGAUUGUAUUAAAUGUGGAACAGUUGUCCAUCCUAAAACAAGUGCCUCUUAAAUUAGAUAUAUGGAAGAUGGAAUUUGCAGAAUAACUUGUAGAGCUGGAUCAUAUGCCUAUGCUGAUGAUCUAAAUGGCAAUAUUUGUUUGGCUUGUAAUGAAACUUGUAAGACUUGCUUUGGUGGACUAGAUACAAAUUGUAACAGUUGCUAUGCUACGACCUAUCUUUCACCUAAUGACAAAUGUGUCAAAGAUUGUUCUUCUGGAUACUUUUCAAAUGAAUCUAAUUAGAAGUGUGAAAAAUGCUAUUAGGGUUGCUCUAAAUGUGAUGGUGUUAAGUCUACUCAAUGUAUGGCAUGUGAAGAUGGAUACUAUUUGUAUAAAGACACUUGUUAGACUGAUUGCCCAGAUGAAUUUUUCAAGGCUAAUAAUGUUUGUUCUAAUUGUGAUAAAUUCUGCUUCAAUUGUUCUGGAAAAGAAUCAAAUUAAUGCACAUCCUGUCCUUCCGAUCUCUAUUUUUAUCCAGAACAAAACACUUGCUAUAUUAAAUGUCCCCUUAAAUCAUUUUUGAAUUUAACAACUUUCCAAUGUCAAGCUUGUCAUUCGUCCUGUCUUACAUGUUCAGAUGAAAAAGAAGAAAGUUGUUUAUCAUGUCCAUAAAAAGAAAGUAACACCAAUAUUUAGACAUAUUUGUUGAAUGGAAAAUGUGUUCCUAAUUGUGGAAAUCAUAAAUUUGGAGAUCCAGAUAAUUUAGUAUGCUAAGAAUGUGAUGUUUAAUGCUUUAAUUGUCAAACUCAAAGCAAUAAUUGCAUUGGAAAUUGUCCAGGCAAUAGAAUGACACUUCCUUAAUGUGAUUGUCCGACUGGAUAUAUGAUAGAUUCUCCUACUGCUGAAUGCCUAUUAUGCUACUAUAAAUGUUCCACUUGUAAUGAAGCAUACAUCAACUGUUUGAAAUGUGCUGCUAAUAGGAAUCAGGAUGCACCAUUUUGCUCAUGUCCUUCUGGAUAUUUUGAUGAUGAAGAUAACAAGAAUCCAAUUUGUCAACCAUGUGAUUGGUAGUGUGCAACUUGUCAAAAGAAAAAGGAUUUGUGUGUUACAUGCAAAGGAGAUAGAGUGGGUUCAAAUUGUGUCUGUCCUGCUGGUAAAUAUGAAGAUUCAUCGAAUCAAAAGGAAAUGUGUUCUACAUGUGAUUUUACGUGUUCUACUUGCGCAGUUAAAUCUAACUAUUGCACAACUUGCAAAGGAAACAGAUACUCAGCACUAUUACCAGAUAAUCCACUAUAUAAGUUGUGUUUGUGUUAAGAUGGGCUGUAUGAAGAUGGCAAAUCCACAAAUUGUCCUUAAUGUGACUUUAAAUGUACAAGCUGCUCUGGCUCAAGUUCCAAUUGUUUGAAAUGUAGAGGGAAUAGAAUACUUACAGAACAAUGCACUUGUGAUGCAGGGUACUUUGAUGAUGAUGUCAAUGAUAAAUGUUAGAAAUGUGACUUAUAAUGUGUGACUUGCAAUAAAUAGGGAUGUUUAACUUGUGCUGGUAAUAGAGAAGGCCCAAAUUUACUCUAGAUCUGUAAUUGUCCAGCAACAGGUAUUGAUAGAAGACAACAUGGAUACGCUGAAUGUGGAACUUGCGAGUAUGGAGUACCUUAUAUUAAAAUGAGGGAUAGCUUAGAGUCCAUGACAAUAAUAUUCGGUGGAAUAAUUAUAUUUAAGGGAAUUAAUGAUGCUACUAUCCCUAGCAGAGAUGUGUGUCAAAAAUUGUUUAAUGAAGAUGGAUUUGCCAAAUUGGGGAGUGGAAAGCCUUUGUGUAAUGUGGAUCCAAACAAUUAAAAGUAGUUGAUAGUUGUCUUUGGAAAUAAUGCCUAAUUCUUGAUUGGAGCAACUAUUACUUUGAACUUGAAAUCAGUAAUUGGAAGGAAGGAUUGUUUAGGAAUAUACUAUACUAAUAUCCUAGUUGCCAAAAUUAAUGGCCCAGAUACUCCUGCUCCUGCUUCUGUGAAGUUUACAGGCCCUUAAUUUAGUAAUUUAUGUAGUAAGAUCACAUUUUUCCCAAGUUAAGUCUUUAAUGAUGGUGGUCGAGGAUUGAAUAUGAAAUCAUGGUCAAUAGUCUCUAUUGAACCAGAAAAUUCUAGUGCCAGAGGAAGAAUUCAAGGUUUAUUUGAUGCUGCUAAUUCUGCUAAGAUCAACAAGAUUGAAAUACCACCUAUGUUUUUAUCAGAAUAUUCAAAAUAUGUAUUUAAAUACACAUUUACUAACUUCUUGAAUACAGAAUUCAGUUCAGAGUAUACAUUAUCAACUACAACCUAUGAAUCACCAUAUGUUUAAAUUGAAGAACUGGCUCCACAUGUGUAUUUCACAAAUGCAAGAAUCAAAUUAACAGGUACUAUUAUUCAUUAAAGUUGCAUAUCUGGAGUUACAGAAAUUAUACCUUCCAAAAUCAACUAUGAAUGGACGUCAAAUAAAGUUAAGAAAGGAGAUGUGGAAUCAUAUUUACUCUAAGAUAUCCAAACUCUUGUAGGUACAAAGCCUUCUGAUGUUCAGUUUGUUUAAUUUGAAAUUCCUCCUUAUUAAGGUAGAGGUGGAUUCACAUAUUCAAUAACAUUGAUAGCUACUCUAACAACAAAACCAAUUUCAGCUAAUUAUACAGUCGAUAUCACUAUAUAAACUUAAGGGCUAUAAGUAGAAAUUGAAGGAGGAAAUAGAAUGAAUGGAUAUGCUGUGCCUUUGUAUAUAAAUGGAUGGGCUAAAGAUCCCAAUAUUAAAACUGAUUAGAGUGUAGGAAUUGCGUUGGUAUGGAAAUGUGUGAAUCUCAAUACUAAUUUACCAUGUGCAAAUGUUUAUGAUGAGGAAAUCCCACUCAAUAGAACCAAUACUUAACUUGUGGCAGCAAAAAGACUUGUACCUUAUAAUGCCUAUAACUUCUACUUGAAUGGAACUAAAGGGGAACUAUUUGAAAUCGCUUAGGCAGUAAUUGUUAUUGUAGAAUUAGACAUUCCAGUUUUAGAACUCAAGAGACCUGAAUAUUUAACAUCAAAGAGGGUCAACAUGAAUUAAGAAAUCAGCAUUAAAUUCUUAUAUCCCACUAAUAAUCCAGAUAGUCUGUACUAUGGCGGUGCAAUAGUGUAUGAUUUCAAUGUAGUAGCUACACUGAGAUUCUUCUUCACAUCAAUAACAAUAAAGUUCUGGGAUAGCUUCUAUGAAUUAAAUGACCUUGCUUAAUUGGGAUUCAGAGCAUCAGUGUACAAUCCCCAAUUCUUCAUGCCUUCGACAACAACAUUGCUUAUUAGCAUUAAUCUACCACCUAGAAGUUGUAGAAUGAGCAUUUCCCCUAUUAGCGGUAUUUCAUUUGAUACCUAAUUCACCAUGAAAGUUACUGAUUGUGAAGAUAGUGAUACUCCAUUCACUUAUAAGUUUACAUUCUAUUACUCGCCAACCCAAUACAAUAAUGAUGUUUUGAGGGCAAGUUUAUUGAAUCAGAUUCUUUUACUAGAUUACUCAAGUGACAACGAAUUAUCUACUAUCCUACCAAAUCCUUUGAAGGAUUCAGCUGUAACUCAACCCUUCCUAAUUCUAAUGGUAUCAGUAUCAGAUUCCUUGGGAGCAUUAACAAACCUUACAUCUUCAGUAGUAGUCGGAUUGAAUCUAGCUGAUCUUAAACAUAAAAUUUAGGUCGCUGAAUAUUUGAAGAAGAGAGAAUCAUAAAAAGACUAAUUCUCCCCAUUGCCCUAUUUCUUCAGAUCAAGAUAAUUAGUAGAAAUUACAGAUGCAACAGAUAAGCUUAUAAAACUUUAUUAGAAUAGAACAACUUUGACAAUUCCAGAAUAAAUUAAUUUAUUAAAUCUUCUUGCUAUUGGUGUUAAAGAUAUCACGAUUGAUAAUCCAACUGCUGAUCAAGAUGCUAAUGAAACUGCUAUUAUCACACAAGAAUAGGCUAAAUUAGUCACACUUAAAUAAAGUAUUUUGGCAUCACUUAAAGAGUUGCAAUCUCAAGAUGUCAGUGUUGCUACGAAGAGUGCUCUCACUAAAUCCAUUGAAGAAUUGAUGAAUGAUGAAGAUAUCCAAUUAAAUAUGAAUUCUGCAAAUAUGGAUUCUGAAUUAGAUAAAGCAGAUAGUAUUGUUUCUAGUAGUACCACUGGAGUAGGCAAUCUCCAAGGAGAUAUUGAAAAUGGCAAUGCUGACUUCAAAUCGUUUAGAAUAAAAGAGAAUCUUCAAAAUGACAUCAUGAGAACAGCUGGGUUAUUAAACGGACUCUUGGCAGCUGGAUAGAAUUAAAUUGAUUCUAUUGUCUCAACCAGUACUACUACCACAACAACAACCAAUUCAACUGAUGAGGCUUGGUAAAAAAUGAAGGAGAAUAAUGCAAAAUUGUUCAAAGUCCAAGAAUCAGUCAAAUUUGGUUUAACAUAGACUGCUGAUCCCAAUGCACCUCCUAAAGUAUUCUCAGGUGGAUCAUUCUCCAUGAAAUCAUCUAUUGCUACUCCUUCAAGGAUGGCUGAAUAUUUGGCAGGAGCAGAUCCCACUAAAGUAAAGAAAGAUAUCAAAAUCAGCGAUGAUGAUGAGUCCGCAUCAUCUGAUGAAACUAACAUUUAAACUGUUACAUACAAUUAAGCUGAAUUUACUGAUAAUCCUUAUGCAACUGAUGAUUCAUUCCCAAGUCGAUCAUUACCAGCAUCUGUCUAAAAUAUUGAACCAAAAUUAGCCAAUGGAUCAGUCAUUAUUCCAAAAUAACCAAUACCUAUGUCCUUUGGAGUCACCGCAGCUAAAAAAGCAGCAAGAUUAAGAAGGCUCAGAAGACUUUAUGGCAGAAGAAACAUGCAAUAUUAUUAAGAUUUAUAUGAGUUAGAUGAAGAACCAUAAUCUUAAGCCAUAUUUUGUAUUGGAAAAAGUGCAGAUGGAAACUGGAGUGGAGGAGGAGGGAAAUGUAAAUCUAUUUAGAUAGUUGAUGCAACUGGAGCUAUAACGAUCACAUGCUAAUGUGAAGAACUAACACCUACAUCAGUUGGUGAUGAUAUUGCUGAUGCUCUAGCAUUCGAUAAAUUCGCUAAAGCUUUUUCAGUGGAGGCUUUACUGGCCUUGCUAAACUUCCCCUUCUACAAAUCAGUCAUCGUCUAUGCUUUGGCUUUUAUGACUACUGCAUUAGUAUUGUCAGUCCAAUAUGGAUUCAAAAAGGAUAAGGAAGAUACUGAAUAGAAAUUACUAGCUCCUCAUUUUGUGGAAUCAGAGUUUAUUAGAAUAAAAGCUGAAGAAAACUAACUCAAAAGAGUGGAAAGACACAAAUUGAGAAUGGAAAAACAAAAGGAGAUGGAAUUAAAGCUUCAAAAAGAAUAUGAAGAAUAAUUAAGGUUGCAAUAGGAUUAACAAAAGGAAGAUGAAGAACAAAAUUUUGAGUUGCAUCCCUAGAAAAAAGACAUUCAGAAUCAACAAUUCCCUUUAAAAGAAAAUGCUCCCGAAGAUAUAGUUAUGAUCUAGCCUGAUAUUGAACCAGAAGAAUUAAUGAAAAUUAGAGAAAUUAAUGAAGCAAAAGAACCAAUAAAUAUUGAAGUCCAAAAUAAAAGCAAAUUAACUGAUAAUUCUGAUUCUGAUGAGUCUGAUCUAAAUCCUAAUUAAAUGGUUUAUGAUGAAGAAGAUAGUGAAAACAGUGAUAACAUGGAAAGUAUUUAUGAAGUUCCUGAAAAUAUUCUGGAGUAAAAGCAUGAUCAUGGUUAGGAUGAACCUGAAGUAGCCUAAUAUUUCAAUUCAUUAGAACCAUAAUUUUUUAACUAUUCUUUAUCUAUUGAAAAUAUAAAAUAAAAAAAUACAUCCAUUAAAUAAUAGCAAUAACAAUAACUAUAGUAAUAACAAUAAUAAUAAUUAAUACAAUAACAAUCCUAGAUCUUCUCAGAUUAAUAAUAAUGCAUAAAAUCAUUAAGCAUAGCUGAUCUAGAAUAAUUCAAUUAGGAAUUAGAGUAACAAUUCUAAAUGUAAGAUAUAGAAUAAUAAUAAGAAUAAUAAAAUCAAUAAGAAUAAUAGUAAAAAGAAGAAGAAGAAGAAGAAAAACCACCUUAAUGUGAUAUGGGAGAGAGUUAAUAAUAUGGGCUUCAUCCAGAAUUGAAAGAAUCCCCUGUCAUACAUGUAAAGGGUAGUAGUACUCCACCAUACUGUCCUGAAAUAUAUACUAAUGAAUUGCCUAAUCUUCAAGAUGAUGAUGGUUGCGCUCUAAGUGCAAUUAAAGUGACUGAAAUGAACCAACCCGCUAAAAAUAACCAAGAAGAUUCGUUUGAUAAUGACAUCAAAGAGGCUGGUUAGUCUGAAAUCAUAGAACCUAAAUAAAAUAGAAAUUAGGCAAAAAAAAAGAGAAAGAGAGUUAAAAGAAAAACUAAUUUGAAACUAUAAGAUGAUUUGGAUGUGUCAAAUGAUGAGGAUGAUCUCAAAGAAGAACCAGAGCCACCUUAUGAAAUCAAAGAACAAAUUGUUUAAGAAUGGCAUAGGGAUUAUAAAAGAAGAAAAUUCUUAGAAAGUGGUUGUCAACUUAAGUUCUCCCUUACAAAUGUGCUAUUGUUUAUGGCUCUAUUCCACAAAUUGUUAUGCAUCUUUUUAGUAUUUGAAAGAAGAUUACCUCGUCCAAUCAGAUUCUGUGUAUUAUACAUGACCAUCUUAAACACCUGCUACAUUAACAUCUUCUUCUAAGUUCCUUUAGAACCUUUACAAUCAAUUAUAUUCAGUGUGUUCUCUGCCAUAUUAUCCAACUUUGAAAUGUUUGUAAUUCUGUUCCUGAUGCCACACAAGGUCUUUGUCGUUAGAUAGAUAGGAUGGGGAAUAUUUAUAGGCUUAACUACAUUGUUAAUAUAUUUCAUCCUUAUUUCCAUGGCAUUAGAAGCAAGCGAUUCAGGUGGAGAUAUCACUAGGUCUAAUAUGUGGGGACUUAAUUUCAUUAUGGGAUUCCUGAACACUCAUUGUGUAUCAGACCCCAUCAAACUUUUAAUAGUUUUCAAGGCUGUUUAACUCAGUUUAACUGGAGCAACUGGCCUUUUGUAAACUAUUUUAGUGAAAAUAUUUGUGAAUCCUGCUACGAAUAUUUUCUUUGAAAUGAUUGAAGUAUGA